GUUAAUCUUGGUGAUGAUACUGAUACAACAGCUGCUAUUUAUGGUCAGUUAGCUGGUGCUUACUAUGGAUAUAAGAAAUUACCGGAACACUGGCUUCAACAUGUUUAUGCUCAUGAAUUUAUGAAAACAUUAAGUAAAUGGAUUGUAUACGAAGGAGAACAAUGGGAACGUAAAAAUCAUUAA